GGAUGAGUUUGUGGAACACACGGGUUUUCUCUGCGUCUGUUUGAGAUGGCGCUCAAUCUGUAAGGAGAACGAGGCCUGUAUUGUUAUUUCUACUGAUAAAGAUAGUUUAGGCAGACACCGCGGAGAUGAUGGAAGGUGGGAAACCCUCCCUGGCUCUUGUUUAUCAGGCUGUACAGGCGCUGUAUCACGACCCGAAUCCGACUGGGAAGGAGCGAGCUUCGGUGUGGCUCGGGGAGCUGCAGAGAUCGAUGUAUGCCUGGGAGAUCUCGGAUCAGCUCUUACAGAUGAAGCAGGACGUCGAGUCGUGUUACUUUGCAGCGCAAACCAUGAAAAUGAAAAUUCAGACAUCCUUCUAUGAGCUUCCCCAGGAGACACACCUUGCCCUGCGUGACUCUCUGCUCUCCCACAUUCAGAACCUCAGAGACCUCUCGCCCAUCAUCAUCACACAGCUCGCCCUGGCAAUUGCUGAUCUUGCACUGCAGAUGGCGUCAUGGAAAGGCUGUGUUCACACCCUCAUAGAAAAGUACAGUAAUGAUGUGACUUCAAUGCCUUUUCUGAUUGAAAUCCUCACAGUGCUGCCGGAGGAAGUUCACAGCCGGUCUCUGAGGAUAGGUGCUAACCGGCGGACGGAGAUCAUAGAGGACCUCGCUUACUAUUCCACCACUGUGGUCACUCUGCUGAUGACAUGCCUGGAGAAGUCUGGGAGUGACGAGAAGAUGCUUAUUAAAGUGUUCCGCUGCUUAGGCAGUUGGUUUAACCUGGGUGUGCUGGACAGCAACUUCAUGGCAACUAAUCAGCUGUUGGUGGUUCUAUUCCAAGUGCUACAAAGGGACGAAUCCCCCACUAACUUGCACGAAGCCGCGUCCGACUGCGUUUGUUCGGCCCUGUACGCCAUCGAGAACGUAGACACGCACGUGGCUCUCGCCAUGCAGCUGUUCCAGGGCGUUCUGACACUAGAAACGGCUUACCACAUGGCCGUGGCCCGAGAGGACCUUGAUAAGGUGCUGAAUUACUGCCGGAUUUUCACUGAGCUGUGCGAGACAUUCAUGGAAAUCACUGUCAGGAGCCCGGGACACGGCAUGGGUGAUUUGCGCACCUUGGAGCUGCUGCUCAUUUGCGCUGGACAUCCUCAGUAUGAGGUGGUGGAAAUCUCCUUCAACUUCUGGUACCGACUCGGGGAGCACCUAUACAAGACGAACGAUCCAGCACUGCACGGUGUCUUCAAGCCCUAUAUCCAGAGACUACUGCACAGCCUGGCACGUCACUGCCAGCUGGAUCCAGACCAUGAAGGAAUCCCCGAAGACACGGAUGACUUUGGAGAGUUCAGGCUGAGGGUUUCAGAUCUCGUCAAGGAUGUUAUUUUCCUUGUCGGCUCAAUGGAGUGUUUCUCACAGCUGUACUCUACUCUGAAAGAAGGAAACCCACCCUGGGAAGUGACCGAGGCUGUGCUGUUCUUAAUGGCUUCUAUUGCCAAGAGUGUGGACCCGGAGAACAACCCCACUCUGACAGAAGUGCUGGAACAGGUGGUGCUCCUUCCUCAGACGGUGCACAUCGCUGUGCGCUACACCAGCAUCGAGUUGGUGGGAGAGAUGAGUGAGGUGAUGGACCGCAACCCUCGCUUCUUAGAUCCUGUGCUAGACUACCUAAUGAAGGGGCUGCGGGAGAAGCCGUUGGCCUCGGUGGCAGCAAAGGCCAUUCACAACAUGUGCUCGGUGUGCCGGGAACACAUGGCCCAGCACUUCCAAGGCCUGCUACACAUCGCACGCUCGCUGGACUCCUUCGCUCUGAACACAGAUGCUGCCAUUGGCCUGCUCAAAGGCACAGCGCUGGUGCUGGCACGGCUUCCGCUGGAGAAGAUAGCAGAGUGUCUGAGUGAUUUGUGCUCUGUUCAGGUCAUGGCCCUGAAGAAGCUGCUGUCUCAGGAGUCCAGUAAUGGAAAAUCAUCAGACCCUACAGUAUGGCUAGAUAGACUGGCAGUAAUCUUCAGACACACAAAUCCUUUUGUAGAGAAUGGACAAAUGCACCCUUGUCAAAAAGUCAUCCAGGAGAUCUGGCCAGUGUUGUCAGAAACGUUAAACGCACACCAGGCAGAUAACCGCAUUGUGGAGCGCUGCUGCCGCUGCCUGAGGUUCGCCGUGCGCUGCGUGGGCAAAGGCUCGGCUGCGCUGCUACAGCCCCUCGUCACACAGAUGGUGAGUGUGUACCAGGUGUACCCACACUCAUGCUUCCUGUACUUGGGCAGCAUCCUGGUGGAUGAGUAUGGCAUGGAGGAGGGCUGUAGACAAGGCCUGCUGGACAUGCUACAGGCUCUCUGCAUGCCCACGUUUCAGUUGCUGGAGCAGCCCAACGGCCUCCGCAACCACCCCGACACCGUCGACGAUCUGUUCAGACUCGCUACGAGGUUUAUCCAGCGCAGCCCCGUCACAUUGCUAAGCAGCAGUAUCAUUGUCCACAUCAUCCAGUGCGCCAUCGCGGCCACGACGCUGGACCACCGAGACGCCAACUGCAGUGUCAUGAAGUUUGUCAGAGACCUCAUUCACACGGGGGUCUCCAACGACCACGAGGACGACUUUGAGGUGCGGAAACGUCUGAUCGCUCAGGCCAUGCAGCAGCACGGGCAACAGCUAGUAACACAGCUGAUACACACCUGCUGUUUCUGCCUGCCUUCAUACACACUGCCUGACGUGGCUGAAGUGCUCUGGGAGAUCAUGGUGUUUGACCGACCGGUAUUUUGCCGCUGGUUAGAGGUGGCACUAAAAGGCCUUCCCAAGGAGAUGUCCGGAGGAGCUGUAACAGUCACUCACAAGCAGCUAACAGACUUCCACAAACAGAUCACGAGUGCGGAGGAGUGUAAGCAGGUGUGCUGGGCAGUGAGGGAGUUCACCAGGCUUUACCGAUAGCUGGGUACACAAGCCUGUGCUUCAGAGACAGGUCAAAUCUUGCGUUUGUAAACAUCAAAAUGACGACAGAGAGGCUCUAAAUUGGCUGCUUGUUGAAAAAUUAAAGAGAUUCUUGGGACUAAGCACCACGGAGAGCCAGUGCGACACAGUGCAGCUUCGGAGUGAAAGGAAAUGCUUUCAGGGAGCGAAAAAAAAGUCCAUUCCCUUCCUUUGCUCGCUUGCUAAGCACACUGCUGCUAUAGCUACAACAAGUAAUCUUGUUAAAGAGCGCAAGAAAGUGUACACCCAUAUUCAGCCAAAACAAAACAAAAAAAUAAUAAAACAAGAAUGUGCCUGGUUGCAACUCAUAACGCAUUGUAGAAAAAAAAAAUAGACUUUAGACAUUUUUUAAACAGAAAUGGAGAGAUUUAUUUUCAUGGACGUGUCUUUAUGAAUCAGCUUGUUUGCUGUCACACUAUCAUAAAAUGAAAAAUGUGGAUACUCGCGGACAUAUGUCGGUGGAAGGGGAAUACUGGGAGAUUCGAACGAUCUUUUUAACAUUGGCGGACUUUUACCAUCGUGAAUGAGUGACCGAUUGGAUUAACAGAAAUAUAUACGUUUUGUUCUUCCACACUUUUUGGGCAUAGCGAGAAGCACAACCCAUCGGCAAUGUGUAGCCAUCUCAUGAACAAUAAAAUCAAAUUGGCCGUGAGGAAAGACCUUGUAUGAGAAUCAUUUCAACCUCCGUACGGAAUUCUACCCCUUUAGCGUUUCUCUCCUUUUCUCCCUGUCCGAACCUGUUUGACCCGAUUUAAUUUUAACAGAGCAGCUUGUUCAGGCGCGUAUACCUGCGCACGACGUCUGCUGACCACUCACGACAAGUGUUUCCCUCCGAAUGGGUAUCCGAGUUCUGUCCCAGAUCUGUCAGCAGUACAAGCCUCCUCCAUAGUUGUCUCCGCUGGUGUAAUUUCUGAAACAAUGGCCAUUAUUCAGGUGUGGUAAGUUUACAUUCAUGUAAUGUGCACUCGACAAUAAGGAGAAAUUAAAGCUCUAUCAGGAGAGUCA